CCCUUCAGAACGCGGGGAUGUGUUUCGCGUCGUAAAACGUGUGCUUUGAGAGUUUGAUGGCGACUGCUGGCGAGGUCACAGUGUCCAUGGGGGAGGUGGUGAUGGUGAAGGCCGGCGAUGAAGAAGGUGACCCCGACGACCCCAACAAGACCCAGGUCAUCCUGCAGCUCCGGCCCAUCGCAUCAGGGGAUGAAUCGGGGGAAACGGAUGCAGCUGUCAUUGCUGUGGAAGCACAGUCAGAGCAAACUGCAGCUGAGGGAGAGGAGGUCGAGCUUGGUUAUCCAAUCACAUGUGGUGACUGUAAGGCUGUGUUGCUGGUCAAGAAAUUUGUAUGCCCAGGAAUCAAUGUAAAAUGUGUGAAGUAUGACGACCAGCUGAUUAGCCCCAAGCAGUUUGUGCAUAUUUCUGGAAAGGCUACCCUGAAAGACUGGAAGAGGGCCAUCAGGAUUGGUGGAGUCAUGCUAAGAAAAAUGAUGGACUCGGGCCAGCUUGACUUCUACCAGCAUAGCACGCUGUGCACCAACACGUGCCGCAGCACCAAGUUUGACCUCCUUAUUAACAACACCAAGUUUCCCACUGACGGCAGUGGGCUGACCUCUCCCACCUCGUCUCAGGCACAGGUGGUCUUGGAUAACGGCGGGCAGGUGGGAGAAGAGCGGCUGGAGGUCCAGACCGGGAAGCUUGAUUGGAGCUCGACUGCAAUGGAGUCAGCAGACAGGAGGGAAAGUAAUGAGAUCUCAGAGGAGACCCUGAACUUCUGGAGGGGCAUCGCAGAUGUGGGGCUGAUGGGUGAAGUGGUGACCAAAAUCACCACAGAGCUGCUGGAGCUGCUGAAUGGGGUGCAGCUCUACAAGGAUCAGGCACCCAUGCAGGAUGCUGAGGUGGCGGUUCUCAGUAACCUCGCCCAGGUGUUUGGCCUGCUAGACUCGGUGAAGAGGAUUCUUGAGAAGAGGAAGCAGCAAACGGACCCCAGCCAGGAGCAGGUGCUCAGCACUCUCAUUAAUCUGGAGCAGCAGUUAGAGGAACAGAAGAAGCAGCAGCAAGUGCGGGCGCUCUUCUCCAACCCUCAGCCUGUCAAACACAAGUCCCCCACCAAGCGACCGACGAAGCGGCCACGCCUCCAGAGGCCUGCCUCCACCACCACUCUCAUCACCUCCCCCGUCAGCCAGCAAGCCAUGCUGCAGCCCCAGCAGUUCACGGUCCUCUCCCCCAUCUCACUGUCCUCCGUGGGCCAGCCCUUCACUGUGGCAGGGCUGCCCAUGGCCACGCUGGCUCAGUCGUCCAACACAGUGACUCUGCUCCCUGCCGGUUCCCAGCUCUUCACACGCUACAUGAUGGCUGGAGAUGGCAAGACAGACACCAUCACCCUCCACCCGUCCACGGGCCUCACGCUUGUGGGCACCACGGCCACCAUGCAGGACUCAAGCCAGCUGGGCACAGUGGUGAGCCCCAUGGAGCUGGUCCAGCUGACCCAGCAGGCCGGUGGGACGGAGGUGGUGCCCAUGGAGGGCCAGGUGGUUGAUGGCACGAUGCUGGUGCAGCAGGAAGUGAUGCAGAGUGAGAUGGAAGCAGGCCAAGAGCACACAGUCAUUGAAAUCGACCCUGCCUCAGCGGAGCAAACGGUAGGAGUGAUGGAGUUGCAGUUGACUGAGGAUUCCCGCAGGGAAGAGGCCACCAUGGUGGUUCAGAGCGGGAUUGAGAUGACCAUGGCCACAGAAGGGGAAGAGACACAAGGACAAGUACAUGAAGCACAGACCGAAGCAGUUCAGGGACUGCAGUUGGACCCAGAAGGACAGUUGUCAGGUCUGCAGAUAGUGGUGAUCGAGGAAGAUACUCAGGGAGAGAAAAAGGUCAAGUGAAAGAUCUCCCCUUUUUACCCACAAGAGCAGGGAUAGACUCAUGUACUGAGUACUCGCAGAUUUGAUACUGCAAAUUCUCCAGUACACACUGAACUGCCUUGGCCAAAGACUAGGCAUCAGAGUGGCCAUUCUUUGGUUGAGAUGUCUUUUCAUGUCGUCCCCAUUUUGAUAUUUUUACACAAAACAAAGAUACGCCACAGCUAGGCAUGUAUGCUUAAAUUUGUUUUGUAUCUAAUCUGUGGGAAAACUUCCCCCGAGCAACCCAAGAACAACACAAUGCACCAUGACGUUGAAGUCUCAUUAGGUGCAGCGCUAUAAUGGUGCUGGUAAUGUAACAGGUGACACCAUCUUAUUGACCCAGUCAAGCCAGUACCAUCUGUGCCAUCAGUCAUGACCGUGGUCCGGAAGCAGUCCUCCCGUGCCGAUCAAACUCACUACAACUAAUGGAUGUUGCAGUCACUUGAGGUUAAGAUAAAUUGCACUAUCUUUGCGUUGCAUCCAAGCUAUGAUAUAAUUUUUUGCGUUACAUGAUGUUUUUGAGGACGCCAGGGAGAUCACAGAAAGUCGAAUCGGUUCGUCUGGAUACAACUUUUAUUGACACAUACGUUUCAUCACCAUCUAAGCGACAACUUCAGUCUCACCUGACUGCAGGUGUCCCCACCCUUAUAAACAAUACAGUGACUGCAGGUGUCCCCACCCUUAUAAACAAUACAGUGACUGCAGGUGUCCCCACCC